AUACUGGAAUAUAAGGAAGUUAUUAUGGGGUGAAAAAAUAAAUUUACCAAGAAGGGGGGUUUUCUUUAAUAAACGGCAAUAGCCGUUCUACGUAUUUUCUCCGAAACAGGCAAACAGCUCCUCUUCUACUGCUGUAGCAAACCUUGGGCGCGGGACUUUGAACGGAUCAUCAGAACCAAUUUGUCCUCCCCGAAGAGCUUCAUUCCGGGUAAGUUCUUGCUUUCUGCCGCAAGUGUCUUAAACCCCUUAUCAACCAGACUCGUAUAGAGCACGAGAAAAAUAUAUUUCCAAUGAACGUUACCUGUUCGAUUAAAUGCCUGACAAGCAGUUGGGUCCUUUUAGUUUAAUGGGUGUGUCUCAAUUUGGAUAUACCAAGCCUUUUCAGCUCUCUUUGUUCAGAUAUCCCACUCUGUUUGCGCGUUUCGUGUAUUUUCUGCUUUUUGUGCAGUUACAGAGAUAAUGGGGAUGCUACGCUGUCUACUAGACGCUGAGAAUGAAUUCUAUUACUCAUUUCGGCACAAAGACAGUUCAUAAAGUUUCAUGUAUUUUAUUUAUUUCACGAAAUUUGUGUGACUAUAGAUCUGAUGGCGAUAAGAGUGACAAUGGGUUUGGGUUCGUUGAGGAACCUUUGAAGAAAAUAUGCAGAAAUCGAGAUUACAGUGAAUUGGGUGGAAAUCUUGAUACAUGUGAGUAUGAAGGCCCUGCUGAUCAGAGUUUCUCAUUGAGGCGGAGUUUCAUGGAUUAUGAGUGGAGUGAUGCUACAAAGAUUCUUGACAUAUUAAAACGAGAUGGACUUGGAUUUGACGCAAAAUCAGAAUUAAAUGAGUUGCAGAUCAGGGUCUCGGGGCUUCUUGUGAGGCAUGUUCUUUUAGGAAUUUUGAGAAGCAUAAAUCAUGAGACUAAGACUAGAUGUGCCAAAUUGGGGUAUAAGUUUUUUGUGUGGUCUGGCCAGCAGGAAAAUUACAGACACACGGCAAAUGCAUACCAUUUGAUGUUAAAGAUAUUUUCCGUGUGUGAAGAGUUUAAGGCAAUGUGGAGACUAGUAGAUGAGAUGAUUGAGAGUGGUUUCCCAACAACGGCACGGACAUUUAACAUAUUGAUAUGUACUUGUGGCGAGGCAGGCUUGGCUAGGAACGUCGUAGAGAGGUUCAUUAAGUCAAAGACGUUCAACUACAGACCAUUUAGACACUCUUACAAUGCAAUUCUUCAUUCACUUCUUGCAAUCAACCAAUACCGGUUGAUUGAGUGGGUUUAUCAGCGGAUGUUACUUGAUGGUCAUUCCCCAGAUAAUCUAACUUACAAUAUUGUUAUGUUUGCGAAUUAUCGAUUAGGAAAAUUGGAUCAGUUUCAUAAGCUGCUCGACGAAAUGGGUAGGAAUGGAUUUUACCCCGAUUUACAUACGUAUAACAUCCUUCUCCAUGUUCUUGGUAAAGGGGACAAACCGCUUGCUGCACUUAAUCUUUUGAACCAUAUGAAGGAGGUGGGUCUUUAUCCUAGUGUUCUUCAUUUCACUACGUUGAUAGAUGGACUUAGUCGAGCUGGGAAUCUGGAUGCGAGCAAGUACUUCUUUGAUGAAAUGAUAAGGAGUGGGUGCAUGCCUGAUGUGGUUUGUUAUACUGUGAUGAUCACGGGGUAUAUAGUGGCAGGGGAGCUUGAGAAUGCCCAAGCAAUGUUUGAUGAAAUGAUUAGCAAGGGGCAGUUACCAAAUGUGUUCACAUAUAAUUCUAUGAUUCGGGGGUUUUGUAUGGCUGGGAAAUUUGAGGAGGCAUGCUCCAUGCUUAAGGAUAUGGAAUCAAGAGGAUGCAAUCCUAACUUUAUCGUUUUCAAUACGCUAGUGAGUAAUUUGCGAAAUGCUGGAAAACUUUCUGAAGCACAUGAAAUCAUAAGGCACAUGGGAGAGAAGAGACAAUAUGUCCAUCUACUCUCUAAGAUGAAGGGAUACAGGAGAUGAUAGCUUCUUGUAUUGUUUCAUGUGACACUCAAUUGUAACUUUGAUUCAGUACUUGUUGAUUCGGUGCACCUGUCUUUCUCCCUGCAGGAGAUGCAUUGAAAAAGUAAGGGGAGUAGAUAGAAGAAAUGCCUGUGACUCCAGAACCUGCUUACUCUGGGAGCUGGUCACUAAUAAAGAGAAAAUGCAGAGCAGAACCCUGAAAUGACUUGUGUGGCAAACUCCAACAAUUUGGGUAAAACUUACUCAUUGCGAGUUUAAUACUGUGAUAAUAACUCGCUAAAUUAUCUCUUAUACUUUUUUCCUUUUUGAAUGGUGAAAAUUCUUUAGUCUGUGACAUGUCGGACCUUCCAUUUUUGUUGGA